AUGAUUGAGUUAACAGCUAAACAUAAAAGGCUUAUCGUCGAUGAGCACAACGCCAAGCGAAGUUUGGUGGCUGGCGGAAAGACCAAAUUGGAGCCAGCUUGCCGCAUGGCCACCAUGGAAUGGGACGAGGAACUGGCCUCUUUGGCGGCGCUAAAUGUCAAACAAUGCCAAAUGAAACAUGACGCUUGUCACAAUACCAAAGCAUUCCGAAAUUCCGGCCAAAAUCUAGCCUUACAGAUGUCUACUCAUUCAUCGUCUGUUGAGACUUUAUUGAAAAAAUUUGUCAACAUGUGGUAUGAUGAAAUAAAAGAUGUUAGAAUGUCUGACAUAAAUCACCUUUCGAGUGGUAUUUCGAAAAUUGGUCACUUCACUGUCAUGGUGGUGGACCGGAAUAUUCGUGUAGGAUGUGCUGCAUCUUCCUUCCAGGACCGUGGAAUGAUUAAUUAUCUUUUCGCUUGUAACUAUGCAGAGACCAAUAUGCUGAAUCAGCCGGUGUAUGAUAGUUGCAACGAUCCAGCCUCGAAAUGUAAAACGGGCAAGAAUCCUGCGUAUGAGAAUCUUUGCUCUAUCUCAGAAAAAUUUAAUGACGAUCAGGGUCGCCGACCAAAUUCAAGUAAUCGCCGGACUUAUUGGAAACAUUUUCCCGGUUCUUUUGAAAACUACUUCUAUAAAUAA